AUGUCUCAACAGUCUUUGCUCGACGCACUCUACAAUCAUGGACAGGGUUUUUUGGGUCGUUUUGGCACAUCUCAGCCCCCAAACAAGCGUAGGAAGCUCUCAUCAGACUCCGACGGGGCUGUGGAUGAGGAAGAAUGGACUGGUAUUAGCACAUUAUCCGACGAAGGCUCAGUAAACACAGACGGCAGCAGUGAAGAAGAUGAAACGUCAGAUACCCAAGAACAGGGCGCCGGCUUCAACAUCAGCAGUCCAGACCCGGAACCUAGCGUGGUCGUUUUCUCAGACAGCAAGACAACUGCAUUACCCCCGAAAACGAAGAACCAGAAGAAAACAUUCAUGUCCUCGAGGGUAUCGAAACUGAACCAGGACAGCGACAGCUCCAACCACAGAUCAAGCCGUCAGCAGGAAGAUGCGGAAGAAAAUGAGAAGACAAACCAGCAGAAUGAUGCGGCCCUAUAUCGUCUAGUGCACACCCAACUUCUUACUGGUUCCUUGAAUACCGAGCUUGAUCUAACUCCGGCACAACGUCGCAAGGCACUGCAAGGUCGUGUGAUGGAAUUAGCUGGCUACACUUCCCUCGGUAAGGGCGAAAAGAGUAUCCGACGAGAGGAGAUGGGCAAGGCAGCGAAACGCGUGAGAGAAGGGUUGGCGUUUAAACAAAAGGAAAGAGAGCAGAAGCGACUGGAAGAGGCAAAGAACUUGGGCAACUACCAUCCAACACUCAAGAAACUAUACGAUUCCGAUUUCGACAGGAAGCUCGCCCGUAAACGCGACAAGGGACUUGCAAUGGGAGUCGGGAAAUUCAGCGGUGGAGUACUAAAACUGGGCAAGGCCGAGAUCAACACUAUCCACGGAAAUCCCACAAGCAGCGGAAGAAGGAAACGCAAUAGUAGGCGGGCAUGA